GAGGAGGCGGGGGCCGCAGUCCGCUCAGCUCCCCGCGCCCAGAGCCUGCGCCGCGGCGCUCCGCGGACUGGCUAGGGCCGGGCUGGCGGGAGUCGCCCACCGGGCUUCGGGGAGAACAGCCUCAGAGCGGAGGAUCCGGGUUAGCCGGCUGCGGGUCUCUCCGUGUGCAACUUUUUAUCGCCUUGGGGACCAGAUGCGAGACUUGGAGCUGUUUUCUAACUCUAGCCAUACAUGUGUGUGAUCUAAUAAAACAUUUUCUCCUCUCCUUGAAGCAGGAGCUUUUUAUGACAGCUCCUUUCUGUCAGAGACACUUGCCUUCUUUGGGUUAUAAACUUUUGAUGCCAGACCUCUGCAGAACGCGCCCAACUGAAUCUUAAAGUAGCUUCACCGAGAGAGGCAGAGAACGCACAAUCUGUGACCUUCGUCCCUGCUCCUUCUUUCCUGCUCUCUCUCCCCCGCGGGCUCCCUCCGCCCCAGGGAGCGUCGAGAAAGCUCUUUUUUUGGAUGCAGGAGGGGGCAUCUGGUUCUGCUAGGCUGGAAAGCUGAGGCUGGAGACGAGGAAGAAUUAUUAGGCUCCGGAGAGCCUGGACUCAGCCUCUCCUUCUCCCGCUCCCAGCUUGCUCUCUCUCCCUCUCUUUGCUUUCUGCCCCACAACACUUCCGGCUGUUCUGAGAGGGCAGGGGACAAGGACCGUGCCGCUACGGGAGUUCUGGGAAGUUGUGACUGACAAGGAUGGGGGUCUGUGGGUACCUGUUCCUGCCCUGGAAGUGCCUCGUGGUCGUGUCUCUCAGGCUGCUGUUCCUUGUACCCACAGGAGUGCCGGUGCGCAGCGGAGAUGCCACCUUCCCCAAAGCUAUGGACAACGUGACGGUCCGGCAGGGGGAGAGCGCCACCCUCAGGUGUACCAUAGAUGAUCGGGUCACCAGGGUGGCUUGGCUAAACCGCAGCACAAUCCUCUAUGCUGGGAAUGACAAGUGGUCCAUAGACCCUCGAGUGAUCAUCUUGGUCAACACGCCUACCCAAUACAGCAUCAUGAUCCAGAAUGUGGAUGUAUAUGAUGAAGGUCCAUACACCUGCUCUGUGCAGACAGACAAUCACCCCAAAACCUCCCGGGUCCACCUCAUAGUGCAAGUUCCUCCCCAGAUAAUGAACAUCUCUUCAGACAUUACUGUGAAUGAAGGAAGCAGUGUGACUCUGUUAUGUCUUGCAAUUGGCAGACCAGAACCAACGGUAACAUGGAGACACCUGUCAGUCAAGGGCCAGGGCUUUGUGAGCGAGGAUGAAUACCUGGAAAUCUCUGACAUCAAACGCGACCAGUCCGGGGAGUAUGAGUGCAGCGCCUUGAACGACGUGGCUGCUCCUGAUGUGCGGAAAGUAAAAAUCACUGUAAACUACCCUCCCUAUAUCUCAAAAGCCAAGAACACCGGUGUUUCAGUCGGUCAGAAGGGCAUCUUGAGCUGCGAAGCCUCUGCUGUCCCCAUGGCUGAAUUCCAGUGGUUCAAGGAAGACACCAGGUUAGCCACUGGCCUGGAUGGAGUGAGGAUUGAGAACAAAGGCCGCAUAUCCACUUUGACUUUCUUCAAUGUCUCAGAGAAAGAUUAUGGGAACUAUACCUGUGUGGCCACAAAUAAGCUUGGGAACACCAAUGCCAGCAUCACACUGUAUGAAAUAAGCCCCUCAUCAGCAGUGGCAGGGCCUGGAGCAGUCAUUGAUGGUGUAAAUUCGGCCUCUAGAGCACUGGCUUGUCUCUGGCUCUCAGGGACCUUCUUUGCCCACUUCUUCAUCAAGUUUUGAUAAGAAACCAUAGGUCCUCUCAUCAACGCCUGCUUCUCCACAUCACAGACUUUAAUCUACACUGCGGAGGGCAAACCAGUUUGGGCUUCUUUUUGUUUAUUUUUGUUAUUCUUGAUUUUUUUGGCUUGUUUUCUGGGAUUUUCAAUUUUAUUUGAUUUUUCAUUUUAUUUUGAAUGAAUGGGGUUGGGGGUUGGGGUGGGCAAGGUUCUACCAAGGGUAGAAUAAUCAUUCAUUGGUGUGCCCCCAAAUGGAAUCUGUUCCUGCUACCUUGGCCUUCCUUUUCUCUACUUCUCUUUCCACAAUCAUUAACACACACACACACACAGGCACUCCACAAAAUUGGGCAAAAAGACUAUGUCCCAUGACAAACACCUGAAGGUACAACUUGACUCACAAUGUAGUACACAGUAAGAGUUGCAUCCAUGUGUCUUAAUUGUCUUUGUAUUUUAAGCUUUCAAGCCGUUUCCCAGUUAAAAACUACAUGUCCUUAUCCCCUUGCAUAUCAUCACCUAUUCCAUUAGACUUCAUACCUCUUCUUUGUAAGAAGCUAUCUCACUAUACCCAUAGAUAUACAUAUAGGUACAUCCACAUGGAAAAUUCCACCGUCUUCUCCGGCCUUUCCACUCUAUCCAUUUCUUCCACUAGCUGUAGGAACUACAUGCAUGCAAUCUAAAACUAAAAAUUUAGAAGUCAAGUAACCAAAUGAGGGAAGUAUAUUAAUGCUAGUACUUCCCCUAAAUGCUGUCACAACUCAUAAAAAAGUGAUCAAUAGCUGGCUAAUCAUUUUAUCAAGCUAUCAAAGCAAUCAUACCAUUAUCCAGUUACUCAAUUGAUUCCUCUCUCCAUCUAGUUCUACCCACCUGUCUUUCUCACAAUCCAUUUGCUCUAUUUAUCAUAACAUCGAUGUAAUUAUCGGACUGUUUUCUGUUUUUCUUCCCACAACUCACUACCAAUUCAUCACCACAUUAACCUCUAAUCAUAUGUGUCUAUGCCACUAUCUCCAUUUCUCUGCCACCAUCAAUAGACAUUGCCAUCUUCAAAUUUGCCUAGCAACUUCUUAUGUGAAAGCCAGUGAUCUCACAGGCUAACUACACAGAAGAGCAAUUUCCUAUGCCAUGGAUCCUUGGGAAUGUGGAAAACCAUCCACCCAAACUAAACAUUAUGAACAGAUGGACCAAAGUAGCAAUCUAAAGAUCAGUCACUCAUGAUUCCCAGAGAGACUGUUUCCUGAACCACCUUCUCGGGAAGCAGAUGAACCCUGGAGAAGCCUUGAUUAUGCUGCAGUUCUCCUUUAACAGCUGGAAGAUUAAGGUACCAACCUCGUGCUGCUCUCGGCCUUUCAAAACCGUGCACCUCGGCAGCCGGGAGGAACUUCUUGUUGGCUGGCUUUCAUUAGCAGAAAGAACCUGACGAAAACCACACAUCUGUCCCGUCUGUGUAAAGACAACAGUCCAUCAGCCGAGGUGUGAGAACUAUUGCUAACCAUCACCCUUCUGCUGCAGUUUUGAUUUGAAUGUUUGAAAAUUAUCCAGCAAAGGGCUGAUGGAGGCCAAUUACAUGGCGCGUGUGUUGACAACUCUGGUAUUUGUUUCAGAAAGCUCUUCUAAGCUGAGGGCACUUGAGCUACUGACUUAAUUUCCAAGCACUUGAUUAACACAACAUGGCAAACAGAGACUGGAAGUGUAAGUUAUACUGUUUCCUAGGCCGUUUCCUUAGCACUUUGGGUAUGAAUGUCCCCAAAUUCCUAUGCUGGAAGCAGGCCUAGUGUACAAAUAAGAUCAAAUCCAGCCUCUCAGCAUUGCCUCUUAAGAAAAGAAGAACUCAGCCAACAACGGAACCCGCAGUUCAAAUGAAGAACAUUGAAGGCCACAAAAGAAUCUCUGUAAGGACUGACUUACUGAGUGGUUGGCAAGGAGCACCAACAGUGACUUUCUCACAGACAAGUCCUGACUCCCUAAGGGGCCCUUUUCAGGUCCACCUCUAAAAACUAACUAUAGGCUCCAUUAGAGUUCAGUUCCCUUAAAGUUUAGCUGAUCACUUGCUCCAGUCCGCUCUGAGCCACUAUGGUUACCUAAAUACAAUACCCACAGUGGGUACAUAUAUACCUUUGCAUACAUUUUCACAUAGACACAAAGGCAACCUUCCUUGGCAUACAAAAGCUCGGCACUGUCAUAAGAGAUAGAGCUCGUGUGAGCAAAAUUAAUACUCUACUUGCCAGCUGUAAACAGACAUCUGCAUUUCCUAGUGAGCUGCCAAGAAUGAGACUCUGAGAGAAUAAAUGAUGUGCCAAAAACAGUCUAUUUAUUACAACUUCCAGAGGCAAUCAGGAGCAGGCACAAAGUCAGAAUUACAGGUCGGAUACAUGAAUUUCAGAUCUGUCACCACACUCAGCACCUGGGAUUGGGUUGGUGUCAAGCAUUGUAUGAAACUUAAAUGUGGCAUUUGAGUUUUCUAAUAAUCCUACACUUGUUACUUUGGAGAAAAGGAAACGUGGAUGCCGGGGGAACUGAAAAGCGUUGGGGCGAUGUGCUGCUUGAAAUGGACAAGCUGUAACUGCUCUUGCAGAAGCAGAUCAUCAGAACCCAACUGAGUAUGGACUCAGGGUCUCCAUGAAAUUCUGCCGUGCCUACUUGACUGGAUGCUAGACGUGUCCCUGGUAGUUACCUACUACAUCCAAACUUCAGAAGAAAAAAAUUUAUUCCAGCCAGUCCUCUUGUCUGGGAAAAAGAAAACCAAGUACAAAUGACUCAAGGUGACUGGGUGACUGGGUGCCCGAUAUGAAAUGACUUCUUACAACAUACAUGCUCCAGUUCCUAUGUAUCUGAGUGACUUUGGUGACAACAGCUCCAUGUGAUGGGAGCUGAUUCCCAACACUUUGAAGCAAGUAGAUCAACAGCUGCUCACUACAAACAACUCCCACACUUCCGCAUGACUUUCCAAUCUUACACAAGGAGGGGGUGUGGAUCAGGUCCACUAGACAGACUUGUUCAGCCUGUCAAGGGUGGGCAUGAAGAAGGGAUGAGGUUAGAAAGAAAGAAUCAUAUUAGUCCAAGUAACUGGUAGAAUGUUGUAGGUUUUCUGAGUGGAAACCAUUAAGAAUUUUCAAGAGAUUAAGGGAAAGGGAUUCAGCAAAGGUAGUUAUUCUAAAACUUUUCCCCUUCCCAAAACAAUGCUAAUUUGUCCUUCCACCAAAGUGAUGCCAAUGAAAGUGCUAGUGUUAUGGCUCUGGCCAAGCUUGUUUUUGAGUAGUUUAAUGUCAAGUGCCUGAUAUAGUCAUCUGCAAGUUUAAUCAAGGGUGUUUAGAUUUUCUUUCUUGUUCCCAUUGGGAAGGGUGGAGAUGUAGUUGUCAAAAUAUAUAUAGCUCUGAUGCAGAUAGCUAGGUACACAACUCUUCUGCUGUUGACUACGGUUGUGUACAGUUAAACAGAAGGAAAGGGAGGGUUGUGUGUCGCCAGGCUGACAGUGUCUUUUCCCUUUGAAGUUCAUACCUCUUUGGGAUGUUGUUCAUGAGUUGGGAAGUUAGUUUUCAAAAUCUGGUGUGGUCUGGCUCUCAAGGAGCUCUACUGCUGAGGCUGAGAUUCAAGAAUCUUUUUCUGCAUCCCUCAGGUCAAGUUGUCCUAGAAAAGAGGAAUAGCAAAUUCUCCCCAUCUUAGAAAAAAUACCAAAAGAGCAGAAAAGCCCCAGAAUGGACAGUUGAUUCUGUGUUUAUCACAGUCACUGGAUCAUGAAUGGUUGGAAAUUUAAUACUAAUAUUUUGGUUGAUGAUUUCAGGGCCAAUGGGAACAUGUUCUUAGUAGCCUAUAUGGUCAUUACCAGACCCAUAAGAGGUGGUGAAGAGUAAUAGCUUGUGAAGUUAUGAGAGAGUAUCUGUCCCCAACUUGAUCCUGAGUUUUCACCAGGAUAGGAAAACAUGGUUCAACAGUGCCUAGAAUCAGGGACCCAAAAGCUGUUCCUGAUGGAGUUAGAGGAAGCAGCAUAAUUCUUAUUUUUAAUUUUGGGACAAAAUGUAUUUUUCUCCAACAGCAAGAAUAUUUGGGUUUUAUUUGGCAUAAUUCUUAUUCCUAGAAAUCCUCAUGUACAAUUGCUUCCCCCUUAUUAUCCAAAAUUCCCCUCUCUCUUUCUUUCAAAACAAAUGCAUUUGAGUAGCUGCAGUAGCUCUUCACAGGUGUUUAACAAGGAAGGCAACAGUGUACAGGAUGCCAUAGGAUGAAAGCUUCUAAUGACCACAGGAAAAAGCAAACAAAUAAAAAUACUAUGCUCAUUUCUUUCAUUUCUUACUUAAGAGAAGAGAAGUAAAUGGAAGGAAGAAGAAAUAGAUUUGCAAUUAAAAAUGUGACAAAAAGACAAAGCUGAACCAGUGCAAUUUAGCCUUCAGGUGCAGAACACGGAGUCCAAAAGAACGGGGAAUAGACUUAAUUAACUGCAAUUGUCUUCAUAGUGAUAGUAGUCAGCAAAACACAAUUUCCAGCAUUUUGGAAGAGACUUCCCCUCCUCUGAGUGGUACCAUUUUAAGGCACAUAGUUGUUCCACACCACUAGGUGGAGAAAAAAAUAUUGGGAGCCUCUACCAUCCUUAUGGGGCUCCAUCCCAGGUUAUUUGGCAGAAUUUAAGAAUCUCAAUAAUAACAGUGGUAAGUAAUAAUAGCUGCCCUUGUGUUAGUGAAAAGGAACAUUUUUAAUCAUUCAGAAAUUCUCGUGACAUGUAAAGUGCAAUUGUGAGGAAUGUGUGGGUGUACGAAAAUGUAUCUGUCAAGUUCAGAGUCCUCUAGAUUAAAAAACCUUAUAUGAUUAUCAAUGGUGCCGUUAAUAGCUGUGUUGGACAAUGGAUGUGUCCAUUUUCACAAUUAUUCUUAAAACAAAUCUAUGUUCUGAUGCUUUAAAAUUUUAUCACACGAUACAAGAAUAUGACUUUGUCAGCCUUUAAAACAUUUUUCUUUCCUUUCCUAUUUUUCUUCAAAAAUCAAUGAAGACUUGAUUUCUGUCAAUCAUUGUAUUGAGGGUGAAUAUACUACCUGAAUUUGUGCAUGUUACAUUGUAGUUGUAACCUUUUCUAAUUCAGGAUGAAUACAAGAUGGUUGUGAUUGUGCAGUGUAUCAAUAAAGUUUGAAGAAAUUUGUAA